GCUCUCCAAAUUUCUUGCAUCAUUAAGACUUUCUCUAAACUAAAUGGCCUAUAAAUUUCCCAUCUUCCUUCACUUAAGAAACAAGCAACACCUUCCCAAAAUCUAUCAACGAGAGAUGGAUAAAAAGCAACUUAAUUUCAUUUCCUUCUCCCAAUAUAUCGUCUUUGUCAUUGUUCUUGCAGCGACCGCGGCUAGAUCUGAUGAUGAAACACCAAUCCCAGCAAGUCUAGAUGGAGUACAAGCAUGGUUUGAUGCUAAUGUCAAGCCCCUUGCUGAUCGUGCUGGCACCUUAGAGAAAGCUCUCGAAGCAGCGGAAGCUAAACCUAAAACCAUUAAGGUUAGAGCAGAUGGAAGCGGAGAAUUCAAGACAUUAACUGAAGCAGUUAAGAGUGUUCCAAAAAAAAAUACAGAGCGUGUUAUUGUGGAUAUCGGUCCCGGAAAAUACACUGAGAAAGUAACCAUUGAAAAAGACCAACCUUUCAUUACGUUUGUCGGGACAGGAGCUGAAAAGCCAACCUUGUCAUUUGCUGGUACUGCUGCUAAAUACGGAACUGUUUACAGUGCCACAUUACAAGUGGAUUCUGAUUUUUUCAUGGCGUCUAACUUAAUCAUUGAGAAUACUGCACCUAGGCCGGAUGGUGUAAGCAAACUACAACAAGCUCUUGCUUUAAGGAUAGGCGGUACUAUGGCAGCUGUAUACAAUGUUAAAAUGAUUGGAUUUCAAGAUACACUGUGUGAUGAUAGGGGAGUUCAUUUCUACAAAGACUGCUAUAUCGAAGGCACCGUUGAUUUUAUUUUUGGAAGAGGAAAAUCCAUUUACCUACAAACAGAGAUACAUGUAUUAGCAGAUGUUCCUAAUCAACUAACGUUUAUAGCAGCACAAGCGAGAGAAAAAGAUUCGGAAGAUGUGGGCUACUCUUUUGUACAUUGUAAAGUAGAUGGAAAAGGAAAAGGAGCAUUCUUGGGUCGACCAUGGAUGCCAAUGCCCAUCACAGUCUACUCUUAUUGUACUAUGAGUGCGGUUGUCAAUCCUGAAGGGUGGACUAAUAAUAGGAACCCUGAAUCAGAAAAGAAUGUAUUUUUUGGAGAAUACAAGAAUACAGGACCAGGUGCUGAUCCUGCUGGACGUGUUAAAUUUGCCAAACAGCUAACAGAAGCAGAAGCGAAACCCUUCCUUAGUCUUGGUUAUAUUAAAGGAAGCAGUUGGUUGCUUCCUCCACCAAAGGUGUAACAUGGGAAUAUAUAUGAAAGAGGAAGAACAAGAAGAAUACAAAGCAAA